UAUGUCGGUUCCUUGAACAGGAUAUGUUUGGUGGCGCAGAAUAGAACUCAGAUCUUCUUCCCACUUGAAACACAAAACUAAUCGAUUCUUCUUCUUCUUCUUCUUCUUCUUCUUCUUCUCUAUCGCUUCCUUCGUCAAAAACCAAAACCCUAAUCCCAUUUUUCACCACCUCACUCUCAUUCUCCUCUUCAUCAAUCCAUAGCUCCUGCUAUUGGCUAUCAACGCAUGGAUAUUGACGAUACACGCAGAGGUUUGAAAAGGAAGCCGCCAGAUAUGGAUCGUGGUCAUGAACAUGGAUCUUACAAUAUGAAUUCUAGACCUUAUGAUAGGAACAUGCCUCCUGAUGGUUGGUUAGACUGCCCAGCACAAGGGCAAGAACUAGGAUGCAUAAUUCCUUCAAAGGUUCCACUUGGUGAAUCCUUCAAUGAUUAUGUCUCGAGUAAAAAAUAUACUCCCAAGCAAGCAAUUCUUCAACCGAGAGUCUUAGGUAGAGAACUUGGUUUGGUGAUUGAUCUGACAAAUACUACUCGUUACUAUCCAGUAUCUGAUUGGACAAAAGAAGGGAUUAGGCAUGUCAAGAUAAGAUGUAAAGGAAAAGAUUCUGUACCUGAUGAAGAAUCUGUAAAAAUGUUUUGCGAUGAGGUUCUGGAUUUUGGCUCCCAAAGAACAAACACAAAGAAAUAUAUACUUGUACACUGCACACAUGGGUUUAAUCGUACAGGAUAUAUGAUUAUUCAUUUUCUUGUGCGUACGGAGUCAAUUUCUGUCACCGAGGCAAUAAAAAAAUUUGCUCGGGCACGUCACCCAGGAAUUUAUAAGCCGGAUUAUAUUGACGCCCUAUAUGUGUUUUAUCAUGAAAAGAAGCCUGAAGAUCUUAUUUGUCCACAAACUCCAGAAUGGAAGUCUGAUCCUAAUUUUCAUGGUCUGGAUGUCCCAACUGUAGACAAUCACAGAGACGCUCUACAGCAGGAGAAUAUUAUGAGGAAUGAAGUGUUGAAAAAUGAUGAUGCUUUGGGAGAUCCCGUCGCUUCACACCAGCUGCGUGGAAUGCAAGAACUUUGUUAUCAACUGCUCAAGUUGGGCCCAGGGGGAAGAGGAGGACGUUUACAGUUUCCUGGAUCGCACCCUGUUUCUCUGAACAGGGACAAUCUGCAACUGUUAAGACAACGAUAUUAUUAUGCAACGUGGAAAGCUGAUGGGACCCGAUAUAUGAUGUUGAUUACUGGAGAUGGAUGUUAUCUGAUUGACAGAAAAUUUCUUUUCCGAAGGAUCAAUAUGCGGUUUCCUUGCAGAUACUCAAACGGGGGUACACCGGAAAGGAAUCACCACUACACAUUACUUGAUGGGGAGAUGAUUAUUGACAUCGAUCCACACACCCAGAAGCAAGAGAGAAGAUACCUCAUUUAUGAUUUGAUUGCAAUCAAUCAAGUCUCUUUGACAGAGCUUCCAUUCUAUGAAAGGUGGAAAUUGCUGGAGAAAGAAGUUAUUGAACCUCGCAACAUGGAACGUGAGGGCCUUUCCAAGAGCUUAGAUCCUUAUUAUAGAUAUGACUUGGAACCAUUUAGUGUGAGAAGGAAGGGUUUUUGGUUACUAUCUACUGUGUCAAAGCUCCUUCAUAAUUUCAUUCCGCAACUGUCCCAUUCUUCAGAUGGUCUUGUAUUCCAGGGUUGGGAUGAUCCAUAUGUCCCUCGCACACAUGAAGGUCUUCUGAAGUGGAAAUACCCUGAGAUGAACUCUGUUGAUUUCCAAUGUGAGCUAUCAGCCAGUGGCCGUCCCCUUCUUUUUCUGUUUGAGCGUGGAAAGAAGAAAUUAAUGGAAGGGACUGAUGUUGUUUUUAAAGAUGCAUCAGAUAUUUCAUCCUAUUCAGGGAGGAUCAUUGAGUGCUACUUGGAUCCUGUGAAGCAUCAUUGGGUCUGUAUGCGGAUCAGAAUCGACAAAGCAACUCCAAAUGAUAUCAAUACCUAUAGAAAGGUAUUGCGAAGCAUUAAGGAUAACAUCACAGAAGAGGUCUUGUUGAAUGAAAUUAGUCAGAUCAUUCGCCUACCCUUAUAUGCAGACAGAAUACAAAGAGAUAUCAAGGCUCACCAACAUUCACGGCGCAAGUGAGUUGCUAUGAAAAAGCUAAGCAUGUCCAAUAGUUAAUUUGAAGAGCCAGCAAGAGUUUCUAAAUGAAGUGCAAGCAGAGCUGUACAGAUUUUUCGUUCCCAAAGUUAUUAUUUGUACUAUGCCAUGGCCUGCAUUUAUCCCUCACAUACCUCAGUGAAGAGGUUUAGGCUCAAUGAAUUGUGUUGGGCUAAUAAGUUUUGGGUCGCUGUUGUAUUGUAUAUUAGCAAUUUUGCCUAUUUCCUUUAAUUUUUUCCCCAUUCUGUUUUGGGUCAUUUUUUCCUCAUGAAUUCAUAAGUUCAUUUUGGAAUAAACUCCACUCAAACGGCUUUGAUAGGAUUGUACCAAAAGAAAAAUAGGACUUUGAUAGGACACUGUAAUAGAAGGUUUCCUUUUAUUGGUAGACAGCUACUCAUUUUCUGGCUUUUA